AUGUCUACUACUGUAUUAGCAAAUAAAGCUUGUGUGAGGGUAUUAGAAGAAUCGACAAAAAGAGGUAUUGCGAUGAAAUGCAGCAUAUGUAGGGAAAGUGGGCAUAAUAGAACCACAUGUCCUCAAAAACCAAUUGAAGAAUCAUCAAAUGAUUCAAAUCUAAGUUCAAAGAAAAAGAAACCCAAGAAUGCCGUGAAGGUUGCCUUUGCACAUGAACUUGAUAUAGAAAGUGACAGUGAAGUUGAAACGGAACCUGAUAGUGAAGUGGAGUCUUUUGAUGUUGAAUUUGAAGAUGAUGUUAUUCAAGAGCAAGCUCAAGCUCAACCUGUAGAUGAUGUUGAAUUUGAAUAUCAAGUAAAUGAUGUUAUUCAGGAACAAGCUCAAGCUCAAGCUAAAAAUGCUAUUAAAGUUCAAGCUAAAGUGCAAGUUGAAGUUGAAGAUAAUAACCAAAUUGUAGUUGAAGAUCAAGUGGAAGAGAUUGUGCAGAAAGUACCAGCUUUUCAAGUUGUAGUAGGGAAGAGGGCAAGGAAACCUUCAGAAAGUUACAAAACUUAA